AUGACGUCAGCGCCCGGCGAACGCAAAUCGGGUGGAAAAAGAGUUCCACCCGACGAUUCUUACGUAAGCGAUUACAGACAAUUUAAUUAAUCAAAUUAAGAUGUGUAAAAGCCAGAAGAAUUGUAACAGAACAAAGUAUAUUUUGGUAAAUUAAAAUCACAAAAAUUAUCACUAAAUAAAGCGUAAAUUAAGUUAAAAGCAGGAAAACAGAGUUCCGACGUCGCGACGGCGAUCCGUCGGCGAUGCACCGGAAUCCUGAGCAUUCGGGAGGAUCGUCGUGUAGUGUCCACAGCCUUGAAGGCUCUCUUUGGACAAAGAUGACGUGGGCAAUCUCUAGAUCUCCUUGCAAAGUCUAGAGAUUAAUGGAAUGGGUCGUCGAAUCGUCUCCGGCGGCUGUCACCCGGCGGAGCAAGAAAACGGCGACUUUGCGACUCUCCAGCGGCUGUCACGUGACAGAGAGGAGCUGGAUGGACGUGGGGCGCGUGUUAGGGAGCUUCAUCCUCAAGUCCGCACAGCAAGAGGAGGCUCUUCAUCGCAUCUGGUACGCUCUCAGGAGGUGGCGACUCGUCUCCCGGCGGAUCGCCCUCUUCCCGACGACGGCUUGUUCGUCGAUCAAUCGGAGAUGAUUUACUCGAUGGAUUCGCGAUCCUUUUAUCGUGAAUCGUUCAGCAAUUUUAGUAACAAUGCUUCGCGAAUCGUGUUGACGAGAUUUUUGCCGAUGAUCCAGCGAUUCUCGUUGCUUAAUCCUUCAUCGACGAUCUGCAGGAAAGUCGCGAUAAUCAGAUAAAAAUAUAUGAAUUUUGACUCUGGGAGGAUUCAAACCUGCGCCGGUUGUCCGCCCCUUCUGAGGAAGGUGUGAUGCGGGUUUAGUCCCACAUCGGUUGUGCGCCGAUUUUUCGGGCGAAUAUAUAGUAAUGUUAGCUUUCUAAGCAAAGUUCUUUCUCUCGCGUGUACGACCACUCCUUGCCCCACAGCCGGCUGGCCACCGGUGACAUGGAAGGGGAGUGGCGCACACGUGCCCCUAUCGGUCCAAGCCGCUCAAGCCCCUGCUCGCGGCUACUCCCCGACUGA